AUGACGUCACGACGUGUGAUCAGUCGCGAAUCGCGUCAAUGUUCGCAAAUACGACCGUUUCUCUACGUUGGAGGCCUCGGAUCCCUUUCUCCUCGAACGCUCUGUAAGCAUUUGGUUUGGUUAAAGGAAAUGGUCUUCGGUACGACCGAAAGAACAGCUGGUAAGAAGAAAUGCAAAAUUACAACAAUAAUAGCGAAAAAUAAUCUGAAUCAAAUAAAAUGA